AUGGCAGACCAAGAGAAUCUUUUCGACCCAUCUGCAUUUGAACCAAAGCGCCCCAAGAAGACCAAGCGUAAGGAGAACAAGACUGCAGAAGUUGAUCUGACCAACUAUACCGUAGAAAAGCACGGCAAGCUAGAGGUCUAUAUUCCCAUCGAUACCAACUUGGAGCUGCCCCCAGAAGUAACUUUCGAGGCCACACGAAGGGCAUCCGUCGCAUAUCAGACCAAUCAAGCACAAGCUGCCGAGUCUCUUCUCAGGUUAGAUAGAAAGGCCGACAAGGGUGCGGAGAAGCCUGUGGAGGAGACAGAGGCUCGAACUGCAACUAGUACAGCAAAGCAGUCAUCGCCCGCGGAUGACGCAAAGGCAAGUGGAGCAAGUGGGACAGUCGUGCCCGAGAGGAAGGACGGGGAUGUUUUCGAUAGUGCUGGAACCACGGUCAGACGCCGCAGAAGACGCGUGGCAGAUACCACUGAGCUUGGUAAGCUAUUUGAGAAUUCGGCGAAGUCGGCAGAUGACACUGGUCAGCCGAAUCAGCCAACCGAAAGUUCAUCCAUCAAGGAGCUCACCUACGAUGAGAUGCUCACCAUAAUAUUCACUAUUCUCAACAAGAGAAGGGAGGACUCCGAUAACGCACGCACCUUGAAUGUGGACCUUAAGGUCGAUUACCACGGCACCAAAAAGACUUUGUUCUACAACUUUGAGGAGAUUUGCAGUCAGAUGCACCGCUCUAUGGACCAUGUCGUUGCUUACCUUUCAUCUGAGCUCAGGCAGCAGACGACGAUUGAUCACGAUAACGUCCUUUCGUUUAAGGCUAGAAUCUCAGCAACUCAGCUUCGAGGAGUUAUCAGAACAUACUUACGUGAUUAUGUGCAAUGCAACGCGUGCCUCAGCUAUAACACGCUCCUCUCUAGGGAUGGGAGGAUGUAUCUAGUGCACUGUGAAGAUUGUUCAGCUAGCCGUACGGUCCCGGCUAUAUCCAAGUUCUCUGACGAGUAG